GGGCCAGGCUGGUCCCGGGGGCGGCGGCUUCGUUCAUUGCCCCUCCCCCGCCAGCCUGAGCCUCCUCCGCGCUGCCGGCCGCGCUGCCCCGGCUCCGAGCUCUGCCCCGGCUGCAGCCAGCCCCUGGGCGGCGCCCCUGGACCGGGCCCGGGCCCCCAGGUCUCUGCGCGACCCCCCCCGAGCCAGCCGGGCCCCCAGCCAUGGACCUGGCACCAAGCUCCUCCGAGGACCCCCAAGGCUCCGACAAUGACUCCGACACAGAGAACAAGGUUGAUCCAGACACGCAGGCUCAGGAGUACGUCGACCGCAUCCUCAGCUCUGCUCAGCCCAGCCACAAGGCCCAGUGCCCACCUCCCGAGUCACUGUCUGUGGGGCCCAGGGCCCAGGCAUCGGAGCACAGGUCUCCCCUCGAGCUGAAGAAGUCUCCUGCAAGCGACAACGUGACCUCUGGGCUGUUAGCCCUCCCUCUGGAGCUGAUCCUGGAGAUCUGCUCUUACCUGGAAGCCAGGUUUGUUCUCGAGGUCUUGCCCUUGGUCUGUCGGACCCUCAGGGAUAUUGUGCAGGACCCAGUGACCUGGAGGAUUCGCCUUCAGAAGAGGAUCAGUGGGUGUUACCCGGUGGUGGAAGAGGAGGACUUCAACUGGCCGGUUGCCUGCAUGGAGCUGGAGGAGCAUCUCAGACACUGGGCCUGUGAUGGCAGGAGAACAGAGUACUUCUCCCUCACCGAGGGCCACUUCGCUUCCAUAGACUCCGUUCUGCUCUUGCAGGACCCGUGGCCAGUCUGUCUCCUUCUCUUGCAGGGUGGGGCUCUCUGUGUCUCAGGCUCCCGGGAUCGGAACGUCAACCUGUGGGAUCUGCGGGAGCUGGGCCAGUCCCCGGACAAGGUGCUGGUGAAAGCACUGGGCACAGAGCGCAACGGGACGCACAAGGGCUGGGUGUGGUCACUCGCUUCAAGAGACAACAAGGUGUGCUCAGGCUCCUGGGAUAGCACGGUGAAACUGUGGGACAUAGAGGCCAACGGGCAGCAGUUUGGGGAGAUCAGUGGGAAAGCUCCCGUGCUGUGUCUCUCCUACCUGCCCGACAUCCUGGUCACCGGGACCUACGACAAGAAGGUGACGGUGUACGACCCGCGAGCUACCCAGGCCCCACUGAAGAGCCGCAAGCUCCACUCCAGCGCCGUCCUGUCCCUUGUGGCCGACGAGCACUUCAUCAUCUCAGGCAGCGAAGACCGGACGCUGGUCAUCUUCGACCGCCGGGCCAAUAGCGUCCUCCAGAGGCUGCAGCUGGAAUCCUACCUGCUCUCCAUGUCCUACCAGGGGACGCAGCUGUGGGCCGGGGACAACCAGGGACGACUCUACGUCUUUGAAAACAGAGGAGGCGGCUUCCAGCGCAUCCGGUACUUUGACGUGGGUCACCGGUCCCAGAUUACUGGGGUCUGGCACUCCCUGGGCACUCUGUACACGACCUCCACUGACAAGACCCUGCGGAUACACGUUCCGACGGACCCGCCUCGCACUAUCUGUUCACAGACGCACAACAACGUGCUGAAUGGGGUCAGCGCGGAAGGCAACAUUGUAGUAGCUGCCUCCGGGGGCCUGUCCUUGGAAAUCUGGAGGCUCGAUGCCUGAUGGGAGGCCUGGAUCCGCAGAGCCACGUCUUGCAGCUGCGGCCCCAGAGGGAGGUGCUGCACCGGCCCAUGUUCCCGCCCAGGGGAGGGGCCAGAGUUCCAGCAUUCGUUUGUUCGUUGUUCUUUGGAAGAGGCUCGAGGAGCUGGGAGGUCAAAGCUUCACGGCCUGAGCUCGCCCUGGCGCUGCCAUUCCCAGAGCGAUUUCCAUGCCUGAGUUUCCAGAGGGAUCGGAGCCUGGCCAGUCUUUCCCUGCUAGACGCACUGACUUAGCUCUCUCUGGCUCACAUUCUUCCACCACUGUCCCCUUUUCCACCCUCUGGGCUCCUUCCUUAUCACAACCCUGGCCUGACUGCCAGGCGGCCUGUGCUACUUAUCUGUCGACCUCCCACCUGCUUUUCCACGGCGCAGGGCUCUUGCUGCUCCUUUGAGGCCGGUUCCAAAAAUCUCUCAGGUCACAGCGCAGGAGGGGACGGCCGUAAGGGGUCAGAACCAGUAACCAUCCAACCCAGCUCCACACAGCCUGAGGGUGCUCCUGCUAAAGGUUGAGGAAAACAGACGCAAGGGCUGACCAGAUCGAAACAGAGUCCAGAGCUGAUGUGUAACUUACAGGGACUCAGUUGAGACGCACGUUCUAAUGUUGUUGAUUAAACUAUUCUGCCAGACAGGAUCUGA